GAAGUGGAAACGUCAAAAUUGUGGGCGUGUUCAAACACUUCCUCGUCAGUGUGAAGAAACCAACUCCAACUAGCCUACUUUUCCUCCACUUUUCAGUGAUUCAAGAUGUCAGGCACGGUGGACGGUGAUUCUGUGGACGCCAAGUCAAUUCAAAGCCCAGAGAAGCCCUCAGGCCCUACAGGGAAGUCACAGGUUGCUGCUAAGCCUCCAGCUGAUGCCUACCGUUACAACAUGAAUUACCCGUCCAUGGGCCAGUGUGUCAUCAUCAACAACAAGAACUUUGACAAAAAGACGGGCAUGAACAUGCGGAAUGGGACUGAUGUGGAUGCAGGAAAUAUGAUGAAGGUCUUUAAACAGCUUGGCUAUGAAGUCAUCUUCAAAAAUGACCUCUCCGUAAGAGACAUCAACACAUUAUUAUACAAUGUGUCCCAGGAGGACCACAGCAAGUCCGCCUCCCUUGUGUGUGUCCUGCUGAGCCAUGGGGAUGAUGGGGUGCUGUACGGGACCGAUGGCCCCGUGCCCCUCAAGGACCUCACCAGCCUCUUCAGGGGAGACCGGUGCCGCUCACUGGCUGGGAAGCCAAAGCUCUUCUUCAUCCAGGCAUGUCGGGGCACAGACCUGGAUAGUGGCAUUGAGACAGACAGUGUGGCCGAAGAAGGAUCCACAGAGAGGAUACCAGUGGAGGCAGACUUCCUCUAUGCAUACUCCACUGCACCCGGCUAUUACUCCUGGAGAAACACCUCAAAUGGCUCAUGGUUCAUUCAGUCUGUGUGUGACAUGCUGGCCAGAUUUGGCCGAGAGCUGGAACUCAUGCAGGUCUUGACACGGGUGAACCGCAAGGUGGCGCUGGAGUUCGAGUCAUGUUCCAAUCUCCCGGGAUACAAUGCCAAGAAACAGAUUCCUUGCAUUGUGUCCAUGCUGACCAAAGAACUGUACUUCCCCUAGCGAUGUGACCAAAGAUUAGGCAGAUUACCAUGGGACUUGGCUGCAUGACAUAGUGGACCACAUAGUGGAAGAAAUGUUUACUGACAUGCUGAGUAAUGCUUGCUUUAGUGCCCACAGGAUACAGGUCACAAUGACUUUUUAAAUAAUUAAAAACAAUUUAAAUAAUUAAUUUUGCGCAAUGGUAUACAACUGUUUCAAAUCAGAACAGUUAGACAAUUCAGCUGGAAAUGAUAUAAAAAUAAGAAUUGGAAGACUAUACUUGAAAUAAGUCAAGCAGGGAGUUUAUCAGUUUUUUAAUUGUGUUAGUUAUGGCACUGUUGUGACCAUAUUUUAGUUAUGUGCAGAUCUCUACAUGUUGGCAUUAGCUAUUUGUUAAUUUAUGGGUGGAAUGAAUGAUAUAAUAUUCAGGGGUGACAUAUCUUGACAUCAGUGGGCGGAGCAGCAUGGUGUGCUCUGUAAGAUAACACAGUGCAGGGCAGAGCUGCAGGGGAAAGACAAGUCGUAAAAGGGACCAAACUGACACCAACAGAACUGGUUAUACUCAUCUUGCACACAAACACUAAACAGAAAUGAAUGUGUACUUUCAGUUGACUACUACAAACUGGGAAUGUGCCAAGUUCCAUUAAAAAUUAACAAUUUCAUUUUGAACAAAA